CUGGGGUAGACAGGUUGAUGAGGUGUCAUCCGGUCCAGUAAGUAAAUUAGUGGACCAUAAAAGAUGUAUACUUAUAAACAUUCUCGAACAGAAAAAAGACCCUAUCGUCGACCAUUCUUGGAAUGUAGAACCUGCGGUAGGUACCUAUUUCACAGAUCAAGUAAGUAAAUUAGUAGAGCAUAGUAGAUAUAUACUUAUAAACAUUUUCGAACAGGAAAAAUACCCUGCCGUCGACCAUUCUUGAGAUGUGGAACCUGCGGUGGGUACCUAUAUUCCAGAUUAAGUAAGUAAAUUAGUGGACCAUAGUAGAUGUAUACUUAUAAACAUGUUCGAUCAGAAAAAAGUCCCUAACGUCGACCAUUCUUGGGAUGUAGAACCCGCGGUGGGUUCCUAUUUCACAGGUCAAAAAAAAUAUCCUACCGUCGACUAUUCUUGGGAUGAAGAACCUGCGGUGGGUUCCUAUAAUCCAGAAGCGUAUGUGUUAUCGAACCCGAUAAACCGCUGUCCUUUGCCGGAAAUGAGUAAGACGGCAAAAAAAAAUAAAAUUUAGGGAGCAAGAACGAAAGACACAUAGCGUUUUUGCG